CACGUAGCCUGUCAUUCUCUAGCUUCAACGGGUAUUUUCCACUUUGUCUGUUUCUUGCCAUUUCUGGCCUGCAAUUAUCACUUAUAUUUACCCCCCUCUCUCUCUCUCACCUCACCUCACAAUUAUAUAUCUUCAAUUCUUGAUAGCUAUAUAUGGCGAGCGAGCGUUAAUGGGGGUAUGAUAUGUACAUAUAUGCACACAUUUGUUAAUGGCGGAAGAAUUAUUAGCGGCUGAAAGCUGUACCAACUCGUCUUCUUCUUUGGGUUCUUCGUUUCAGUCCAUGCAGGAGAAGAAGAAGAGGAAGAAGAAGACGAAGAAGAAUAAGGAGAGUGGGAAUAGGCAUCCGGUUUACAGAGGGGUGCGUAUGCGGAGCUGGGGAAAAUGGGUGUCGGAGAUACGGCAGCCGCGGAAGAAGUCGCGGAUUUGGCUCGGGACGUACCCGACGCCGGAAAUGGCGGCGCGGGCUCACGACGUCGCGGUGGUGGCCAUCAAGGGGGACUCCACGCUCCUCAACUUCCCCCAUCUCGUAGGUUCGUUGCCGCGCCCGGCUUCCGCCUCGCCCGCCGACGUCCAGGCCGCGGCCGCCAAGGCCGCCGCCAUGGAGGAGCUCAACCCUCUCUGCUCCUCCUCCUCCGCCGCCGCAUCGCCUACAACAACUUCGGCACCGUCCGAUGACCUGGGCGAGAUCAUCGAGCUUCCGAAUCUCGACGACGAGGGGAGCUUCGACUCGUCCGAGCCCAAGCCCGAGUUGGCGGCCUUUGACCGGUGGGUGUAUCCGCCGUGGUGGUUGCCGGACGAUGAUCUCUGCGCCCACUUUCUUGAUGAACCGGCGGGUGGCGAGACUGUGAAUCCGCCCAGCUUUGAGACACUCAACUGGACUGCUCACUAAUCGCGUCAAUCAAUCUCUUUUAAUUAUUUGCUUUUUAAAAAUAUAUUAAUUUAAUGUUUUAGUCUCCACGGUCCAUCUUGUUUAUCUUUUUUUUUUUUUUUGUUAAAUUAAAUAUCCCUGCCUUUCUGUCUAAUAAAUAUUUAUCAGCAUGAUAAAUACAAAUAAAUAUUUGUAUUCAUAUAUUAUAAUUCGGAGUGUUUUGUUAUCUUCUAAACAAAUUGUUUGAAAUACUUUAGCUGAAAUAAAAUAUUAUUAAUAUGA